GUGGCAACAAUUUUUGAAAACUAGGCGAAAAACUGGCUUGCUUCAAUGUAAACACGUAUGAAGUCCAGAACCUUCUGCUUCAUUCUCUAUUAUCGCCUGAUUUGUGUUGCUCUCUCUCUCUCUCUCUUUGGGGUGUUCUGAGAUCACGUGGAACAAUGGUGAAAGCUGUUGCUGUUCUUAGUAGCAAUGAGGGUGUGAGUGGAACUAUCUACUUCACCCAAGAAGGAAAUGGUCCAACAAAUGUUACGGGAAAUGUUUCUGGCCUAAAGCCUGGGCUUCAUGGCUUCCAUGUCCAUGCCCUUGGAGAUACAACAAAUGGUUGCAUGUCAACUGGACCACAUUUUAAUCCUGCUGGCAAAGAACAUGGUGCUCCUGAAGAUGAGAUUCGCCAUGCUGGUGAUCUGGGUAAUGUGACAGUUGGUGGCAAUGGUACUGCUAAUUUCACAAUUGUUGACAAGCAGAUUCCUCUCUGUGGUCCGAAUUCCAUUAUUGGGAGGGCUGUUGUCGUCCAUGCAGAUCCCGAUGAUCUUGGCAAGGGUGAACAUGAGCUAAGCAAAAGCACCGGCAAUGCUGGUGGCAGGGUUGCCUGUGGUAUUAUUGGCUUGCAAGGCUAAGUUUGUUUCGAUCCCCGUGGUAAACCAAUGCAGUCAAAUAUGUUUGCUCUGCAACUUAAAGAGACCAGAGUUAAAGAGUACUCAAAGGAAACUACAUCGAAUAAAGGAACAAAAAUCUGUGUUUUGGUUGGCUUUAUUUUGAGAUUUUGAUCUUAGAGUCUAGGUUAGAGUACUAAAAAGGAAACUAUUUUGAAUAAAGGAACAAAAAUCUGUGUUUGUGGUUGGCUUCAUUUCGAGAUUUUGAUAUUAGUCAGGUUAAGAGUACUAAAAAUGACACUAAAGUCAAAUAAAGGAACAAAAUCUGUGUUUUGGUUGGCUUUAUUUUGAGAUUUUGGUGGUAUAUUAAAAGUGUUUUGUUGCCUUCA